AUGACUAAAACAAAUGAAAUUGAAAUGAAUACCAAUGAAAUUGGUCAUAUUGAACGAUUACCAGAUGAAAUUUUGUUAAAUUUAUUUGAAAAUUAUAUUCGUUUAAUUGAUGUUUAUGUUGCAUUUCAUUGUCUUAAUCAUCGUCGAAUAAAUGGAAUUAUAAAGUCUGCUCGUUUCUAUAUAAGUAUUCCAUCAAAAGAUAUAUUUCAUGCAAAAUCAUUUUCACAUUUUUCUUCUCAAAUUGUUUCAUUACAUCUUUCAACAUUUUGUAAUGAUUUGGUUUUACCAAAACUAGUUAAUCUUCGUUUAUUACAUAUUGAAAAACCAACACAAACACAAUUAACUUCAAUUCGUGCAGAAUUUCUUCCAAAUCUUCAUUAUUUAUCUCUUUCACCUUGUUGGUAUAGUCUGCAAGAAAUACCAAGACAUUUAAAAAAUAUAGCUGAAUCAUGUCCUUUCAAAUAUAUGCAGUUUUGUAUUUUACCUGAUGGAAAAACCAUCCGUAUUCAACCAAAACAUGAAUAA